UUGAGUUUAAGCCUUUAACACUAGGAAAGUGAAUUUUAUUUACUUUGUUUCAGCAUUCCACUGAGACAAAUAUGCUAUCAUGAGUGUGGCCCAGUGUGGAACCAAGAUGGUUAUACUGUGGGGCAUUCUCACCACCCAGCAGUGUUCCUGCACACUUCACCAACAGGAGUGUCACACCAGCCAACUGCAGUGGUGAUGAAAAUAAGCCACAUACAAGUGUCAAACCCAGUGACACUGCCACCUACACCAUUGUGGCCUGCCACUGUACUCAGGGCCAUCUUCCCCACGACACUCAUCUGCAGUGAAUUCUCCUGGCUGCAGCACUGCCUCCCACCUGCAUGGACUGCAUCAGCAUACAGUGCUGGAGCUCUGAAAACCACCAUAUUCAAAGCACAACAUAAUGUACAAGUGAAAAGAAAGGAGAAAGAGAAGAGACAGAACCGACACAUGACCAUUGCUGAGAUAGCUGAAAAAUCUGGUGAAACACAGGAUGAUGACAAGACAACUAUUCCCAGUGCCAUUGCACGACAGAAUGUAUAAACAAGGUCAAUGAAUAGUCCUCUGAGCCAGGGGGGUUUGUGAGAACAUGUGACAGUUCUAACAAGUUGAUUCUGCACUCACUUGCACCCCAUUGGGUGCCUACAACUGACAGGUAUGUCAAACA